CCGGUUGCAUUCUGGGAAAGGGCAGUUUCCGUUAGGUGCUGAAGGCUGAGGCGCGCGACCGGCCCCAUUCCCACGUGAAGCGCUACGCUAUCUUCGUUCGGCGGGGCUGCUGCCAGCUCGCCGCGGAGAGUCGCGGCAGCAGCCAGGGACCGGAAGUGGCUCGCGGAGAUUCAGAAGCUGGUCCCGGAGCCCGGUGUGAGGCGCCCCGGAGCGCGGCGACGGCGCCAUGUCCCUGAUCUGCUCCAUCUCCAAUGAAGUGCCAGAGCACCCAUGUGUAUCCCCUGUCUCUAAUCAUGUCUAUGAGCGGCGGCUCAUCGAGAAGUACAUUGCAGAGAAUGGUACAGACCCCAUCAACAACCAGCCUCUCUCCGAGGAGCAGCUCAUUGACAUCAAAGUUGCUCACCCAAUCCGGCCCAAGCCUCCCUCAGCCACUAGUAUCCCGGCCAUUCUGAAAGCUUUGCAGGAUGAAUGGGAUGCCGUCAUGCUGCACAGCUUCACUUUGCGCCAGCAGCUGCAGACAACCCGCCAAGAGCUGUCUCACGCUCUCUACCAGCAUGAUGCUGCCUGCCGUGUCAUUGCCCGUCUGACCAAGGAAGUCACUGCUGCCCGAGAAGCUCUGGCCACCCUGAAACCACAGGCUGGUCUCAUUGUGCCCCAGGCAGUACCAAGCUCCCAGCCAAGUGUUGUGGGUGCAGGUGAGCCAAUGGAUUUGGGCGAGCUGGUGGGAAUGACUCCCGAAAUUAUCCAGAAGCUUCAAGACAAGGCCACUGUGCUAACCACGGAGCGUAAGAAGAGGGGAAAGACUGUGCCUGAGGAGUUGGUGAAGCCAGAAGAGCUCAGCAAAUACCGGCAGGUGGCAUCCCACGUGGGGUUGCACAGUGCCAGCAUUCCUGGGAUCCUCGCCCUGGACCUCUGUCCCUCUGACACCAACAAGAUCCUCACUGGUGGGGCAGAUAAAAAUGUUGUUGUCUUUGACAAGAGUUCUGAGCAAAUCCUGGCCACCCUCAAAGGCCAUACCAAGAAGGUUACCAGUGUGGUAUUUCAUCCUUCCCAGGACUUGGUGUUUUCUGCCUCCCCAGAUGCCACUAUUAGGAUUUGGUCGGUCCCAAACGCCUCUUGUGUACAGGUUGUUCGGGCCCAUGAGAGUGCUGUGACAGGCCUCAGCCUCCAUGCCACUGGUGACUAUCUCCUGAGCUCUUCUGAUGACCAGUACUGGGCUUUCUCUGACAUCCAGACAGGGCGUGUGCUCACCAAGGUGACAGAUGAGACCUCUGGCUGCUCUCUCACCUGUGCGCAGUUCCAUCCUGAUGGACUCAUCUUUGGAACAGGGACCAUGGAUUCUCAGAUCAAGAUCUGGGACUUGAAGGAGCGCACCAAUGUGGCUAACUUCCCUGGCCACUCAGGCCCCAUCACCAGCAUUGCCUUUUCCGAGAAUGGCUACUACCUGGCUACAGCAGCUGAUGACUCCUCAGUCAAGCUCUGGGAUCUACGCAAGCUUAAGAACUUUAAGACAUUGCAGCUGGAGAACAACUUUGAGGUGAAGUCACUGAUCUUUGACCAGAGUGGUACCUACUUGGCUCUUGGGGGCACAGAUGUCCAGAUCUACAUCUGCAAACAGUGGACAGAGAUUCUUCACUUUACAGAACAUAGUGGCCUGACAACCGGGGUGGCCUUUGGGCACCACGCCAAGUUCAUCGCUUCGACAGGCAUGGACAGGAGCCUCAAGUUCUACAGCCUGUAGGCUCUGCUUCUUUUCAUGGAAGCUGGGCCGCAUCUCAGUAGAGGGGUAGCACUAGGGGUGGGGGGAGGGGGGAGAGUACAGGGGUUUGGGGAUCAUCUGUGGGUGGGACAUUCACAUCAUUUCACUCUGGUCUGGGUGGUGGCCUGAGAGCCAUGGCAGCAUGGACUACCCUCAUCCGUGCACCUCUAGGCCCCACAGGAACAGCUGUGGAGGAAGAACUGUCACUCUCUGAAGGCCCAGAGUUGGAGCCCAGGACCUCUCCCCUCAUGUCAUUUGUUGAAUCGACAAUGUGGUGGUUGCUAUUCUGUACCCACUUUGUUUUAGUUCCUAUGAGUCCGGAGAGGCUGAGCCACGGGAACUGUGAAGGGGAUGGGCAGGAGAGCUUGUGCAGAGUUUUGUAAGCAGUGAUCUAGUUUCAUUAAAAAAAGAAAACAAUAUAACCA